AUGGACUCAGGAUCUUAUUCAUCUUGCCCCUCAACCGCAGCUAAGCCUAAAAACUUCUUCAAACUUCAAGAAAAGAAUCCAAUCCUCAACGGCAGACCACUUGAAAAUACUAGCUCUCCCAUCUUUUUCUACCAUAGUGUCUUUGGCCAAUUUCUUUUUGCUGUCUACGAUGAAUUUUUAAGAGCUGAUUCUAUACAACAACUUUUCAUUCCUCCUGCUCCAUUCCUCGAAGAUUAUUUAAAUUCAACAGGUGAUGGUAUCUCAUCUUCUAUUUCAAGAAGAAAAUUAGAAUUGUAUUGUGAUUUUUGUGUAGUGCAUCAACAAUAUAUUAGGGCAGCUGAAAUUAACGAGUAUUUGGCACAGAAAUCAGGGGAUGAUCUACUUUUGAAAGAUCGAUUACGUUAUUUAAGUCAUGCUGUUGGGCACAUAGAAAGUGCAAAAGAAUCAAAUGAAAAUGAAAGAAGUGUAAUUGUUCUAUUACAAAAAUAUCGUGCAGAGUUCAAGAUUGCACAAAUUCAAUUUGACAUUCUACAAGAUAUAGAAAAAAUCUCAGAGGAAGAGUACAGUAAUAAUGCAACCUCCUUUAGAAAACCAACUAAAACUGAAUCAAUAUCACUACUUAAUCAACAUCUUUUAGAUGCAAAAACUUUAUUAAAUGACUUUAUUAUACCUUAUGAUUUAAAAGAAAGAAAAUCAGAGUUGACGCGAGUUUAUGUCUAA